UCCUCCUGGAGUGUGUGUCGAUGAUGAUGGGAACGAGAGGAAGCCUGGUGAGUCGUGGCUGCUUCCUGACAGAUGUCAUUCGGUGCUGUGCCACCCAAGCGGAGCCGUGACUAUUCAGAGCCACAAGGUGAACUGUGAUCGACUGGAGCCCCCAGCCUGCAGUAACCACAUGAGUCCUCUCAGAGUUCAGGACAACUGUGGCUGCCACUGGGACUGCCCCUGUGUCUGUAUGGGUAGCUCCACCAACCACGUGGUGAGGUUUGAUGGCGUGGCUCUAAGGCUGGAAGGGGAGGGGCUAUGUUCCUACACCCUGCUGACGGUUGCCGGGGACACGGGAGGUUCAGAGGUCACGCUGCACAGCGGAACCUGCCAGGGGUCAUCCAAUCAGAACGAAGUCUGCAUGAAGGUCAUGGAAUUUACACAUGGGCAGAGUACUGUACUGCUGAAAGAUGACAUGACGGUAGGACCUAGGGGGACUGACUGUCCGGGAGAUGCGGCUUUGUGA